UGGAAAGUUAUUGUAGAGCUCGGCAAAGGUGGAUAUGGUACUGUGAACAAAGUUAUGAAAGUCAAUGAGGAAGGUUUCGCAAUUGAUGAUAAAGAGUAUGCAAUGAAAACAGAACUGAAGUUCGCCAGCAAACAUUCAUCUCGAUUGAAAAUCGAACGAAAUGUAAUGGAAUCGUACUCGAAAUGUGAUGCCCAAUGCAAGGAGCACUUUUCCGAGCUCAUUGAUUUUGGUCAAUCACCGGUUUGGAAGUGGAUUGUGAUGACGAUUGUCGGACCAUCUUUGGAAGAAUUAAAGAUGAAGUACAAACCAUCUGACAUCCCACCGUCGACAAUUCUCCAAUGUGGGCUCCAGACAAUGAAGGCAAUUCACGACUUUCACCAAAUCGGGUUCCUUCAUAGAGACAUCAAACCAGCCAAUUACUGUAUCGGCUAUGGAUCCAAAAGCGAAACAAUUUAUGUACUCGAUUUUGGACUCGCCAGAAAGUAUCGUCUCCCGAAUGGUCAAGUUCGUCCACCACGGCCAAAGACUAAAAUGAUUGGAACUCCGAGGUACUGUUCAAGAGCAUCACAUCGAUGUGAAGAACUUGGUCGGAGAGAUGAUUAUGAAAGUUGGUUCUUUAUGUUCAUUGAUCUUGUCGACACCACAUUGAUUGAUUGGAAAGGACUCACUCGUCCAGAUGCCUAUGCAAAGAAGCAGGAAUUGUUCACCAAAUUGAAAACAUAUGAAAAACAUCCGAUGUUCAAGGUGAUUUCCAUCUACUUGGACAAUUUGGUCUACGAUUCGGAGGUUAAAUUCGGUGUUCUGCGAGAAGCUAUCACGGACUACGCUCGAGGCUGUAAGUUGACUCUGAAAGAACCUUUGGUUUGGUUUAAUCAAUCUACGUGUCCAUCACCAAGUACUGCUCCUGGAACGGGAGCCUCGAGAAUGGCAACCAAUAUUGAUCUGAAGUCAAUUGCAUCGGAUCGAAAUGAGGAGAAUUCGCUGGAUCGUAGUAAAACUGGAACUUUGAGCUUCAAUAAUUCGAAAAACAAAAAGCCCUCAAGAUACUAAAGAAUUACAAUUC